ACUGCAAUGGUUUUUUCUUGAACAGCUACGUCCGGCAGCCAUGCAACCAACUCGAAAGUGGGCUUCAUCGGUCUUGGAAAUAUGGGAGGACCCAUGGCUGAGAACUUGAUCAACAAGGGCCACGGCGUGUCGGUGUUCGACGUCUCGGAGGAGGCGGCCGGCCGGCUGGGCUCGCUCGGCGCCCAGGUGUGCUCCUCGCCGGCGGCCGUGGCCGAGGGGUGCGACCGCAUCGUCAGCAUGCUGCCCAACAGUCGGCACGUGCAGGACGUGUACGCGGGUGCUAACGGCGUACUCAGCACGGUGCGGCCCGGCACUCUGAUGAUCGACAGCAGCACCAUUGAUCCGGCCGUCUCCCAAGAGAUGGCGCUGGCAGCAGACGCCAAGUCCGCCGUCUACAUGGACGCACCCGUUUCAGGCGGGGUGAACGCGGCCCGCGGCGGCACGCUCACCUUCAUGGUGGGUGGACCGGACGGCAAAUUCGCCGCCGCCCGCCAGCUGCUGGAGUGCAUGGGCCAGAACAUUGUGCACUGCGGCGCCGUGGGCAGCGGUCAGGCGGCCAAGAUCUGCAACAACAUGAUGCUGGCCGUCAGCAUGAUCGGUGCUGCCGAGACCAUGAACCUGGGCACCAGGCUCGGCCUCGACCCCAAACUGCUGGCGAAGAUCCUGGCCACCAGCACCGGCCGCUGCUGGGCCAUCGACUCCUACAAUCCCGUGCCGGGCAUCAUGGAGAACGUGCCCUCUUCCAACGACUACAAGGGCGGGUUCGGCACGGCGCUCAUGUGCAAGGACCUCGGCCUGGCGCAGCCCUCGGCCACCGCGGCCGAGGCGUGUACGCCGCUCGGCUCGGCCGCCCACCAGAUCUACCGGCUGCUGGUCAAUCAGGGCCACGGCCAC